CAGCCCUGAAAUCCUUGGGAGCUUUGCAGACUACGUCACUACGCAGCUCAUAGAUCGAUCGAGAAUUUCGGAGCAUCUCAGUCAGGACAGUCAGUCCACGAUCAUCAUUAAUUUCGUCUGCACUUUAGCAAAAACAAAUUAACACAAUGGGAGUCCCCGCCGGAGAUGCCGAAAAAGGAAAGAAGAUUUUCGUUCAAAAGUGCUCGCAGUGUCACACCAUCGAAGCUGGUGGCAAGCACAAAGUUGGUCCCAAUUUACACGGGUUGAUUGGUAGAAAAACAGGACAGGCAGCUGGAUACGCAUACACAGAUGCAAACAAAGCAAAAGGCAUCUCUUGGAAUAAGGACACGUUAUUCGAGUACCUGGAAAAUCCAAAGAAGUAUAUUCCCGGCACGAAAAUGGUGUUUGCUGGACUCAAAAAGCCUCAGGAAAGGGGAGACCUUAUCGCUUACCUAGAACAGGCUUCUAAGUAAAAUCUUCGAGUUGGAACUCUGCGCUCGAAGCAUCACUUCCGGUCGAGGAAAAAAAUUAGGAAAAUUAUCAUCGACGCUGCCCUCGAUCGGGAUCCCUCCCAACUCUGAACAGUAAUGUUUCAACGCGAGCACCUAGUAACGAAUUGCUAUUGUUAAUAAGUAGGUAACAAAAAGAAAACAAAAAACUCAUUGUAACUAAUGUACAGUUGGGCGAGUCCUGGCUGAUUUAUCAGAAUCUGUGCUUAUUUUACCAGGCAGUGCCUGCUAAAAUACUCUGGUAUCGUUUUUAUUUAUUGUCAUAGUUUGGUCUAAACCACACGAUAUCCACCGACUCGUCGGCAGUAUUAUGGAAAAACUGAUUUUACCAUAAAUCCAUUGAAAACAA